AUGAACACAAUACCCAAAGCCGAAAGCAGCUCGGCCGAGAAGCAGCGAUACGAUGACGAAUGGGAGGAGACAACCAUGGUCGUAAAGUUAAACGGCGUCCUAGACGCGCAAGGGCUACGCGAAUCCAUCGAAAAGGGCCAAUUUGCGUUGCGACGGGCGGCGGCAGCCGAGCCAAUUCUGCAGAUAGGCCCCAGCUUGUACCUGGGAAAAUGGGAGCACCAGGUGGGGACGGACAUCAUCUUGGAGGCCGACCACGACAAGAGCGGCACCACCUUGAAGAUGGUCUCCAUAUCUGAUCGAGAGCUAAUCGGCGAGAAGGCCCUCAUCACGAAUCCAACAAUGUUAUCCCAACGUAAGACGAGCGCUACAAGCUGGGAAGUUUUUCAAGAGGAGCCGGUGGCCCAUGAGGAUGCCGCCGUCAACACCGACAUGACAGUGCCCCCGAAUAUUGAAGCCUCACGCAGCGAGGAUAAAGAAAACACGUUCUGGCGGGAUUCGGCGCUGGCGAAGCGGGAGAAGCUCGACGAGCUGCAGUGUGUGAACGAGGAGUUGCAGCAGAAGAUCGACGAGCAGCAAACGAAGCUUAAAAAGGUUGAGGACCUCUACACGGCGUUCAUCGGCUGCCUCCCGAAUGCCGAAGAUGCGCGCAGCUCGGACGAUCAAGAGAAAGAAGCCGCUAAAGAA